AUGCCUUCUUAUAAUGACUACCUCCACGAGUCACUGAAGCUUCUAUAUGAGUACCUGCCGAACUUCCAGAUUUCAAUUGACCUAAUACAAAAACUUGCACAGCAUUUGAAGCUCGAUACGUUUGUGGAUUCAGAAGUACAAGACCCUGAUACGAACCAGUUGGUUAAGAGACUUUCCAUUGCAGGGUCUUUGCUUUUGGUUGAUAUUGACUUUAAGGACCCUCAUACGGUUACCAAGGUCUCUUUGGCGCUGGGUAACCAUUCGACAAGCGCUGUCAACACGGCAAGCUCUCAGCUGGAGUUGAACUCGGUCAUAUCAACGACAAAGAUAGACAAUACGACUAUAGUGAGAGUGAACUUCUUGGAGGAGAAUGUUUUAUCGUUUUUGAAUAUCAGGAAUGCAGAUGAAAAGUCUGUGGCCGAGAUAAUUCUCAAGGAGAAUCUCAAGGGAUCAAAACUUGGGAACUUUCCACUCAACCUCAGGUACUUGGCUAACCUUGACCGUCUAUCUCCUCAAGAAGGUGAUUUGGUGUUGUAUUUGGAUAAUAUUGCUAAGUACUUGGAGGUGAUUCAUAUUCAAGAAUGUAAAUUGACGCCAGAGGAUGAGAAUAUCAAGUCUGGACAAUCCAGUUUGAUUGGAAAACUCAUGUAUAACGAUGAGGAAGCCAAUGAACUAGGGGUGUUCCUUCACUUCUGGAAAUCAUACAACAAAACGAACAAACUCCCUCAGGUUGACUACUUCAAACCUCAAUCGUUCGUGGGUCGUCUUUCCGUGAUCGAGUCUAACGCACCUGCAAAGGAUUACCUUAGAGAAUCAACAAAAGCACUUUGGGAACCAAAGGACGCCAAUGGAAACUUCCUCGAGUACAAGAUCACAUUUGAUGACGAAAAACAUUUGCCUAAAGGCGUACCAGUGAGCGGGCCAAACACCCGUAAUUGGCAAUUACAGUUUAGUUUCAACCGUCCCGUUUAUCUACCGAAAGAGGUUCUUGAGUUCUUGGGCUUUGAUGACUUCGAGGUGGCCGAGGAUCACGAGUUAAAGGAUAUAUUCGAAGCUAUAGAACAGUUUAAGGUGGUGGACUUAACACUUGAUUCACAUCCUAAUGUUGCUUUCCAGCUAAAUCACAGUUCAUUUUCCAGUUUUAUUCCCGUUUCUGCGGUGACUCUACCCAGCUUGAACAGCAUUUCUAAGCUUUUGCCGCCAUUGAGAAACUCCAUCGUGUAUUCUACUUGGUUGACGAGUUUAGUAUUGCAAACGCAAUGCCAAAUAUCUGACGCUUACUCAACGGAAGCGAAGAAGCAGAGGGACACCCGUCCCGAACUUACAGAGGACGAACUCCUUGGAAUCAACAGUAUGGCAGAAAACAACACUUACGUUGGUGUCCAAAUACUAGACUCCAACACGAAUACAGAUUUGGAGGAUUUCCUCAAACAGGAAGACGAGGACGAAAAUAUGGACAAGGAUAAUGGCGAAAGCAAGGCAGUGACCCCGGUUGAACAAGGACCAUUUAUGGAGCUCUGUUUUGACGAUGUCGAUUUUACAACAAAAGAACUCGAAUUUCAGUUUGUUGUUGAUGGCAAGACUCAAUCUGGUAAGCCCAUUCAAAAGAACUUCCUGCUUCAGAAUGGACAGACAGUGGGAACUGGCCUUGCAGACGAUUUACCUUCAGUCAACUUUGUAAAAGCUUUGAGUUUAGGUGAGGACCUUUUACUUGCCUUGGAUGUCGUGAAUUAG